CUCACUGUCAACAACCUCCCAUCCUGAAGACACGCUUACCACAACUGAGAGAGUGGGGAAACAGUUUGAGACCUAGCAUCAGUUAAACCUUCUCCACAGGCAGAAAAGCCAGAAGAGAAAAAUGAAGAUGGGACAUUUUGAUAUGGUCACCAUGCUGCUGGCAGCUAUGAUUCUAAUGGACAUUUUCCAGGUGAAGGCUGAAAUGUUAGACAUGGCAGAUAAUGCAUUUGAUGAUGAAUACCUAAAAUGCACUGACAAAAUGGAAGUCAAAUAUGUUCCCCAAUUGCUCAAGGAGGAAAAAGCAAGCCAUCAGCUCUUGAAGGAUGUGUGGGAAAAUGCAGAAGCCAGAUGGGAAGCCCAGAAGACUCGGAUCUUUCUCCCUAUGAGUUUUAAAGAUAACCAUGGAAUAGCACUGAUGGCAUAUGUUUCUGAAGCUCAAGAGCAGACUCCCUUUUACCAUAUGUUCAAUGAAGCUGUGAAGACGGCCGGCCUAUCUCGAAAAGAUUAUAUCUAUGACUUCCAGUUCAAAGCUUUUCAUUUUUAUCUGACAAAAGCCCUGCAGUUGCUGAGAAGACCUUGUGAGGACAGUUACAAAACUGUGGUGUAUAGUAUAAGCCAGGAUGUCUCAUUUACAUUUGGAGGGCUAAACCAAGCCAGAUUUGGCCAUUUCACCUUGGCGUAUUCAGCCAAACCUCAAGCUGCUAAUGACCAACACAUUCUGUUAACCAUCCACACAUGCUUUGGAGUUGCUAUAGAAAAUUUUUUUGAUAAAGAAAGUGAAAGAAUUAUAUUAAUACCUCUGAAUGAGAUUUUUAAUGUGUCACAGGAUGGAGCCAGCAAUAACCUUAUCCUUCAAAGCACAAACAAGACCUGCAGCCAUUACGAGUGUGCGUUUCUAGGUGGUCUAAAAACUGAAAAUUGUGUUGAGAACACAGAACAUCAUCUACCCAUCUAUAUUUACAGCCCUGGUGAGAAAGACCAGAACCUUGAAGACCCUGAAGUGAAAAGCCAGGAGUCCACUGUCUUAUUUGGUAUGACAGGCCAUGAACCCACCCAAAUACCUGGAAUGACAAUUCCAGAAACUUUUUCACUACCAGGAAUAAAAGUGGUACAACUGGAUGAAAAACCUGAAGACAAAAGUCAGGAAGAUCCCGGCAAUCCUGCUCCAGGUCCAGUUCCAGUUCCAGGUCCCAAAACCCAUCCCUCUGCAUCCUGUGGCAAAAUGCUUCUUCCGCCGUUGGGGACAUUCAUCAUUUUAAUCAGUGCUUCUGCUGUAAAUCUCUUUGUUGCUUUGUAGUCUAAUAUAUUCUUUAUUUACUUAAAAUAUACUCAAGGAAUCCCACAAGAAACCAUCAACAGGAAUGAUGUAUUUUUCACUUGUUAGUCAGAGUCACUUGAUAAAAUGAGAACCGAGUAUUUUUUAUUUACUUUGUAAAUUCAGAGUUGGUCCAGAUAUGUCAUAGAAUUCAUUUUUCAUUUAUUUCUAUAUUUAUGAUUGCAAAAAAAACCCUGUAUACUUCUGAUUGAAUUCAAUAAAAGACUUUAAGAUUGUUGGAUAUAAUUUCAGUAGAAUUGCCACGUAUUAAAAUAUGCAGUACUGUUAGUGAUUAACAUGAAUUUAAUUCCUGAAUUAGAAUUUUAAAGAAGUUUUACUCAUCGUUGAAGGAUCAAACUUUGACUUCAAAUAGUAUCACCCCACAAUCUCUUCAUCUUCCUUUAAUAUAUAAACACUUUAUAUUUCUGUAAACAUGACUAUUUACCAAGUGUUUCACAUAUAGUCCCUAACUUAAAUCUCAUAUUAAUCCAGGAAAAUAGACAGUAGUGAAGGAAUGUAUAUAUGCUAAGUAAGGAAAAAUGAGAUUAUACAGUAUGGUAUUCUUUUCCCCAAGGUAUUGUGGUGGUUGAAUAGUGACUGAUUUAGGCAUAGGCUUUGGUAACUGGCACUUGUUUACAUUUUGCAGUGUUUCAAAAAGGAUUUAAGUCCGCCUUGAAAGAUAAGAGAAAAACUACUUAGAAUCUAGACUAGGUGUUACUGGUUCAGUGUGCUUUUUUAAAAAAGUUGUCAAAAAAUAAAAAAAAAAAAUAAAAAA